AGCAGUUCACCUUUUAGUAUUUUUGUCCUUAUUUGGGGUUGUCAUUCAGUGAUGUGUUCUUUUAAUUGUCUCAGUUAAGUUAUUUUACCGUUUACACCCAAAGGAUCUGUUUCGGCGGAUAACCGAGACUGAAUAUUCUGUGACGGUGACGUUUUAUAUUAAAAAUCUACACUCCGCAUCGUGUUUCGACCUGUUCAAGUGGCUGUUCAAGGAAAGUGUGUCUUUCCUAGAAUUAUUGAAUUCGCGGGCAUAUAAGAAUUUAAGGAGGAUUUGCAUUCAUGUUAUUGUUGUUCUGCACAACACUACCAUCGUAGUUGUCACACACGUAGCUUCUACACUGUCAUUUGGAAACAAAAGAAACAGAUUCAUCCGCAGACGAGCGUUAUAUCGAGGGCAUAAUUGAAGGUGGCCACAAUGGCGAUGCUUGCCUCAACAGACAAAGUGUCCAAUGUGUUUUACUGUACCAACUGCAAGGAGAAGACACCAGAACCCGUUCCUCUAGCCUUUUACCACACAGUUUGCCGAAAGUGUCUUGAAGUCCAUCAAACAUUCAGCGUGGAUAAACACAUCUACUGUCCUGUGUGUGAAAAAAACACACAAUGCUCUGACGAAAUGGACAGUCUGCGAUCACUGUUAAAUACAUGUAUUGGUAGUGCCUCUCGUACGUUAGAAGACCCGUUACUUAAACCCGAGCCUGAAUAUUGCAGCGUUUGCUGCCUACACAACCAGCGCAAUGACGUGACCCACCAGUGUGUUGACUGUGGCGAUGUUCUGUGUGGUGUGUGUCAGGCAGGGCACCAAGCAUCAAGCGCCACAUACUCACACAAGGUCGUGGCCAUUAGAGAUGUGAAAACUGGGAAACAUGUUGUCGAGGCAAAGAAAAGAAGCUUUCCUUGUGGUGAUGCCAAUCAUAGGGGAUGGGCUUAUGCAUACUUCUGUCAGUCCUGUGUCAUUCCAAUUUGUGAGUUGUGUUUUUUAUUUCAACAUAAAGGUCAUGAGAUUCUUACCUUGGAUGAGGCUGCGCAGAACUGUGCAACGAAAUUGGAAGAGCGAUCACAAAAGCUUAGCACAUAUAUGACUGAAUCUGCAAUUCCUAAGUUGGAAAGGUUCAGGAACCUGGAGCGUGAUAUUUCUUCAAUACAAGACGCUGCGCUAAGAAGUAUCAGGAACAAGACACAGACAGCUGUGGAUAUAAUUCUAAAACAGAAGCAAGAAGCUGUAAAAAAGCUUUCAAAAUUAUGUGACAAGCAGCUUAAACUCACAAGUACGGUAAACACUUAUUUAGAGCAGAUGUCAAAUCUGUGCCCAAAACUGUUGUCUCUUACAAACUUAGUUUAA